UCUGACAGACGUCGGUGACAUCCUCUGUCAUGUGAAAACAUAAUCCAAAAAAAGUAUGUUUCUGUAUUAAAUUUUAUCCAUAUAAAAUUAUUUGUGGAACUUAGUAAUAGAUGGUUCUUAUGUUAUUAUCGACGUUUUUGGAGAUAUCAUAAGAGUAAUGAAACUUGGUUUUAUCCGUCUAAGCAGCACGAUGUCAGUUAAAGAAGCAAAAGCAGCUCUACGAAAGAAAAUUGCUAAAAGACUCGAAAAUUUAAGCCGUGAAGAAAUAUGUAGACAAUCCAAAGUUGUUUUUGAUAAGUUGGUUAAUUUACCAGUUUUUAAAAAUAGCAAGCGCAUCUCUGUUUAUCUUAGCAUGAAUACUGAAGUUGACACUGAACAUAUCGUCAGAAGAAUUUUUGAGCAAGGGCAACUAUGUUUUGUCCCAAGAUACAGUAAAUCUGGUAUGCAGAUGGUUAGGUUGCUGUCAAUGGAAGAUUGGGAGAAUCUUCCAUUGACCAAGUGGCAUAUAAAACAGCCUUUAUUGAAAGAAAAUCGUGAAGAUGCUUUAGAAACAGGUGGUUUGGAUCUGGUUAUUUGUCCAGGAGUAGCAUUUACCAAAGACGGACAUCGUCUAGGACAUGGUGGAGGAUACUAUGACAAAUACCUGAGAAAUUUACAAAUUAAUCAAAGUAAUGGUAUAUCUACAGUUGGAAUCGGUUUAAAAGAACAAAUUGUUGAUGAAAUACCAGUUGAAGACACUGACCUUUUGAUAGAUACAAUUUUAUUUGAUGAUAAAUAAAUGUUUUUUAGAACA